CAGAACAAAUUAAAUAAUAAUGUACAUCCGUGUAUGAUUUGUAAUACAUAGUUACUGGAUAUAGCAGUGGCUUUUAAUAUUGUUUACAGAUAUACAUUUAUAAAUGCAUGCAAAAUUUAAGGUGCUUUUCAUAAUACAAUCAGAUUGUUGAUCAGAUUUGAUUAAUUCGAAGGCGGAAUGCAAUAUUCGAACUAAAUUAAAAACGUGCCAAUUGUCAAAUACUCAAGGUUAAAUUAAGUAGUUAAUAAAGCUCGAGCUAUCAAAAUGUAUGGAUUAUCUGCAUCAGCGCUUGAUGUUAAUAAUCAACGCUAUCGCAUUCGUGAUAUUGAUAACGAGGAAAUCAUGUCAACGUUUGGAAACAUUGGGCAUUCUUUAAGUACUGCCGUUGAGAGAUUUAUAACAAUUGGCGAAAUAAUAGCAGAGGAAAACUCUGAUAUAAAAGCUGAUAUGUACGAGGCUGCAAAGGAGGCAAGAGAUGCGGGCAAAUCGAUUGAACAUUUAUGCGACCUGUCGCCUUUAAGUGGAAUGGAGCUUCGUCAUCAUAUCGAGCCCUUAAAGGAUUAUGGGGCAAUCGUAUUGGCAGCACGAUCAUUGCUCUCGUCUAUAACCAGGAUUCUACUGCUGGUGGAUAUCAUAGUUGUCAAGAAACUAUUGACUGCUAAGAAACGGGCAUCGGAAAGUCUAGAAAAAUUAGAGUCUGUGAUGAAUUUCACCGAGUUUGUGCGUGCGUUUUCCAUAUUUGGAACGGAAAUGAUUGAGUUGGCCUACCUCACGGGACAUCAUCGGAACUCGUUCAAGGAGGAGCGUCGACGAGCACAAAUGUUUUCGGCUCGUCAGAUUUUGGAGAAGUCCAUAUCAAUUCUAUUGACAUCAUCGAAAAGCAGUUUGAUACACAGUGAUUGUGUAAUUGUGAAAGAGAAUCGGGACACGGUAUUUUGUCAAAUCCGCCGGGCAAUGGAUCUUAUACAUUUCGUGAUCAAGGACAGCAUAUUUGAUUCAGCCAAACAUAUGGCGUUUCGCAAUGCGCGCUGCAAUUCGAAUUAUGAGAACGAAAGCAUAUACACAACAAUCAAGCGAAUUGUCAAUCUGAUCAAGAGAUAUAAGCUGCAGACCAGUCAAUACGAUUGCAAUAGCAAUAAUGAGGGCAACAACGAUUCUGAUCCCGCCUUCUACUCCUUAUUUAACGACGAGCAUUGGCAAAGUGAUAUUUACCACAAAGACAAGAAUCUAGCGCCUCUGAUUAAGAAUACUAAUGCGAAGAAGAAUUUAACGUACGAAAGUUUGGAUCUACGAGACGAAUUAUCCAUGGCGUUCGAUAAGCUCUUUGAGAAGGCGCACGACUUCACCGACUCCCCAUAUAUUAGUCACGAGCAUCGAAAAAACAUACUGACCUACUGUGACAACUGCAAGCUGGAGUUUGACAUGUAUCUGAACCACCUGAUCAAGGACCAGCAUGACAAUAUGGGUGCUCGUGUGCAGGUGCAGGGCAGGCAGGAACCGGAAAUGAGUAUGCUGAGCAGUCUGGAAGAACUUUGCAAGCAACUGGUCAUCUCUGUGUCCAGCCAAAUACCCGACUUUAAUGAAUCGCUUAAACUAUGCACGAAAAUUGUCAAAUCAUUUCAUAUGUUGGCCGUAACGCACGAUCUGGAGAAUCUAAAUCAGUGUUCGACCAAAUUCCACGAUUGCUGUGAUCACAUUUUUGAUAUUUGCAAACUUUUGCAGCAUAUUGCACCCACGGAAAGACUUCAGGUACAUGCCAAGUGUUUGGCCAUCAAUUUGAGAAUCUAUGGACCGCAAGUAUUUAUUGCCGCCAAAAUCUUGUGGAAAUAUACGAAUAGCAGCGCAGCAAAUGAGAACUUUGAAUCGUUUUUGGACAUGUGGAAAUGGUUAAUUAAUGAGAUCUCAAUGAUUUCCAAGAAAAUCCUUGUUACAGUCGACACAUCCAAAACAGAGCUUGAUUCUCAAAUAGAGAAAUGUGAAACUACAAUAAAAUCAGCAAAACCAUAUGUACCUGCCAAUGAAGAAGGGGAAAUGGUGGAGUACUCAGGUCUAGAUAGUAAAACUAAUGGAGAUCCAGGUACUUUUCAAUCGAAAUGGGCGGACGAUGUGUCCGACGACAACGAUAUUUUAAAACGAGCCAAAAAUAUGUCUGCAAUGGCUUUUCUCAUGUAUCAAUUUACAAAGGGAAGCGGUUCUCUAAGAACCACUCAAGAUUUGUUUACUCAGGCCGAAUAUUUUGCUGAAGAAGCCAAUCGACUUUACAAAGUUCUUCGGCAUUUUUCAUACCAGGUGCCAGCAAGUGAUAACAAGAAGGAUCUUUUAGGUAUUUUAGAUAGAGUGCCGACUUUUGUCCAAGCACUUCAAUUUACAGUAAAAGAUCAUACAGUGGGCAAGGCUGCCACUUUCGUUAAGGUUGAUCAUGUCAUAAGAGAAACAAAGAAUCUAAUGAAUGUUAUUAACAAAGUUGUAUCGAAAUGUUUUGAGUGCGCAAACAAGUACAAAUUAAAUUUAACUGGGAUAACUGGAGGACUUACGUCCGGUUCGGUGCGUGGAGAUGAUAAUGUAUCUGGCGGUAUGGGUGACUCCAAAGGAACAACGAGCAGCAGCGAGGGGAGCAUGUGACAUUAUGGAAUGGCUCGAAGAGCCAAAGGAGAUGCAAGGCGGACUCGUGUAUCAUUUUUAUUAUUCUGAGCUUUCGGCGAUUAUUCAAAUUUGUUCAUCUUUCUGUAUAUGUAUAUUCUAUGUUUAUCUACAAAAAUAAUACUCUUGUAAUUCUGCCUGUUGUGUCCAAAUUGAAAGUUUUGAUAGAUUGUAUAAUCUUGUGACAUAUAUGUGUACUCGGAUGUAAAUUACAUCACAUUACUUGCAUAUACAUUCUGGUCAAUCAUCUUUAACAAUGAUAUUCACUAUUACUUAAGCUAUGUGUCUUUAGGUCAUCGAAUAUAAUAACUAGUCGUUUGUGCUAUUAUUGUUCUAGUAAAAAGUAAAACGGUAGCCAAUGGUCAAGAAAAUUAACAAAUAAUAAAUGAUCUAAUUGAAUAAAAUGCAUAUCGUAUUAACAA